CGACGACGCCUUCGCGUUCUUGCUGUGGUCUCUCCUCCUCCUCCUCCUCCUCCUCCCCCAUUUCCGCUGGUUUUCCGCUUCUUGCCUUCGUUUCGUCCGCUCCGGCUUCAUCUCUCGCUGGAUUCCUCGCAAAAAUUCAGUUCUUCGGCGUCGGAUUGACUUGGAUUACCGGUUGCUGCUCUUUGUCCGCUGAAUUUUGGUCAGCAUUUGGUGGAGAUUGGCUUGUCGGCGGGAGAUCUGGCGGGCAGAUCGUAGGGGUCGUUCGUCGUUGAUUGGUACGGGGAAAAUAGGGCGAAAAGCCUCCCGUUUGGAGCAUUAGCAACGUUCUUCCAUUGUUCUUGGUCGUCUGAAGCGUCAUUGGAGUUGUUGGGGAUGGGAGCGAGGGGGAUCCGAAGUAGCUCUCGCGUCCUGUCCGAUAGUUUCGUCGAUGGAUCAGAUUACGCUUCGUGGGAGAGCAAUAUGAUCCAGACGGGCACCUCGUCCUCUUCUGAGACAUCUUUUUCAUCGGAUUCCCCUCCCAAGGCGAAUUACAUAGAGCAUCGGGUGUCCAAGAUGGAUACGCUUCCUGGCGUCGCCAUAAAGUACGGGGUUGAGGUAGAAGACAUCAAACGCUUGAAUGGCUUAAUGACUGAUAUUCAAAUGUUUGCACAUAAAACUUUGUUGAUUCCAUUGCCAGGAAAGCAUCCUCCAUCAAAUUGUCUGUCUGACAAUUCAGUUGCUGAUAGUCCUUCGAGAGAUCAUACUCCUCCACCCUGUCGUUUUGGUGCUGAUGUGCUGGAUUUGUUGGACUCAAUGAAGACAAAAACUUACCCAAGACAGAUCUCCUCAGCAAUGAGCAGCCUGCAAUCAUAUUAUGGUUUCACAGAACUCAAAAAGGGCUCAGCUCUUCAAGGUUAUGAGAUGACUGUGUAUCGAACAGGUGGUAGCUGCUCUGAUGAUGAAAUUUGGUCCACGGACCCACCAUUUUCUGAUUCACACUCGCAUCAGGAUUGGAAAACUACAAGUUUGAUCAAUGGUUUCUUAGCACUAAACAGCAAGUCUAAAAAGAACCACACCAUUUCAAAUAAUGCUGAGAGCAUCGACAUGGAGAAUUCUAUCAGGAGGCGGCAAAAAGGCGACGCAAAUGAGUCUCUGUCCACCCCAGAAUUGCAGUUCAAAGAGGAGAAUGACAGUGGAUUUUCAGGAUGGAAAGGAAAAGGCUUGGCAGCAAGACCAAAACUGCCUAGCAAAACUGAAAUAGACAUGGCCGUAUUAGAUGUUACCUCAAAUGGAGAUUCUUUCAUAUAUGCUGGGUCUUCUCCUGUUAGAAAAUCAUUCAGCACGCCAGCCUUGCAGGAAAACGAAAACAGUUCCUUCAUUUGGCCAACAAGUACUUGGACCUUGAAGACCGAAGACCUCGUCAGGCCCUUGCUUGUUGGCUUGCCGAUACCAAGAAGCAUCUGGAAGAACAAAGCGGCUGUUGAUUGAUCAUUAGCGUUAGAGCCUCUGCCCUAUUUCUGGUACAGUGGAUGAAUCGGGCAGGUCGCAGGCCUUGAAUUAAGGCAUUGCAGUAUUUAUUGCCAAAAGACACAGAAGUGGAUUAUGAAGUAGGGGUAAAUGAAGCAAGAGCUGAACUGAUUGAGAGUCUUUUUGAUUUGCCAUCAUUUUCUAAAUAAGUUCUUUGUUAUACCAGUGCGAAUACCUUUUUUUUUGUAUAUACCCAUUUGUUCGAGUGGGGGAGAAUACAACGGUCAUUGAGUUCUUACUAUUGCGACCAUAAGAAAUAUAUGCUAUUUCAUUACUUGCC